AUGGGGCUGCGGAUUGCGGACUGCCACUCUGGGCAGCUGUGGGCGGGCGCGGCGCUGCAAGCCAUGGGGUACGCGCUGCGGCAGGGCGCCUCCAUCAUCCUGGCGCCAUGGACGGAUGACGGGCAGCCGCUGCCGGCCGCCGGCGAUGGCGGCAGCGACGACGCAGCGGCCGCGGCCGACGCCGCCGCUGCAGCGGGCAACAGCACGUCGGGCGCCGCCGCGCCGCCGGGGGCCCCGCCCACCGCGCGGCGUCUGUUGUUUGAGGACGCCGUGUCGCCGCUGCGCCGCGCGGGCGUGCUGCUCAUCGCCGCCGAUGUCGCCCGCCGCCGCGGCGGCAGCGCCGCACCCGCUGCAGCCGCGGGCAUGGGCGCGGACGCGACUGCGCCCGUCGCCGGGGGCGAGGGCCUGCCGUGCGCGCUGGCGGCGGACUUUGACAACGUGAUCUGCGUCGCCGCCGCGGACGGCCGCGCCGGGCGCGCGCCGGCCGCGAGCCUUCUGCUGCCGGGCGCCGGCCUGCCGUCGGCCUACGUGGGCGGCGCGCACGC